CUCAGAGAUAAUGCUGACAGGAGACUUCACACAACAGCAGCUCUACAGCCUAAUACAGACACAGCCAAAACAGUCCCUUCACAGUUCCUGUUCUCCUCAGACAGGUACCACAGCAGUUUGGGAAAUCUGCCCAGCAACUACACCUGUGGAAACAAAUCUGCCCAGCAACUAUAGAAGUUACCUUCUACUGGUUCCAGCUGAGGUUAACUUUCCCUCCAACGAAACAGCUUGUGUGGAUGUGCAUGGAGCUCAAGAGACUCUUAGGGUCACUGUCACCUUACAGUACGGAAUAGAGGACAAAAUCAUAUUCCAAGAGAUGAUGACAGAAUCACAAUUAUUCAAAUGUAUACAAUUUCAGACACCUCCUCCAGAAGGAGGCGUAGAAGAAGUCCUGACUGUUCAUAUCUCUCUUGUGGGCUCAAGCAUGCAGGUUUCGAACAGUAAAAACAUUUUGGUCCGCUCUGUAGGCUUCGCAACACUCAUUCAGACUGACAAGCCUAUAUACAAGCGUGGACAAACUGUGAAUUUACGAAUCCUGACUUUUAAUAGAGACUUCUUGGCUGUUGAGGACAUUUGCCCUAUAGUGGAGUUACAGGAUCCAAAUAAGAAUCGUAUUGGCCAAUGGUUGAAUCUUAAACCUCAGAAAGGCAUCAUCGACCUGUCCUACUCCCUUGAUUCUGAGGCACAACUUGGAGUGUACACAAUCAUUUCUUCUCACGCUCGCCAGGAUUUCUAUGUGUCUGAAUAUGUGCUACCAACUUUUGAAGUUAUCGUUCAUCUUCCUUCUAUCGUCACUAUCGUGGAGGAGUCUUUUCCUCUAAAAAUAUGUGGAAGGUACACAUUCGGAAAAUCUGUCCAAGGAGAGUUUACGGCAAAAUUAUGCCGAAGAGCUAUUUGCUAUUUCUGGAUGAGUCUAUUUUGCCCAGUCGAUAUAUGCAAAGAAUACAAAGGCCAGACUGACAACAAUGGGUGUCUAGAAGUUGAAGUAUCUACUGAACCAUUUCAGCUACGGUCGUAUGACUACCAAUUAAACUUUGAUGUUCAGGCCUGUCUUGUAGAAAAUGAGACGGGCACUGAAAUGAAUGCUACGGGCAGUUGUCGUAUUUCAGCUAAGAUUGCUUCAGUGACCUUUGAUGACACAGCCUUGUCAGACUCCUAUUAUAAGACAGGCUUAAGAUACAAGGCAAAGAUGAUUUUGGAAAGUGCUGAUGGAUCCCCAAUGAAAUCCCAAACUUUGUAUUUGACUGAAGAAUAUGACAAGACAAUAAAGGAGCAUGUGUAUGAGACAAAUGAGGAUGGAGAAGUCUACUUUACCUUGAACACCAGGCCAUGGAAUGGACAUUCAGUGUAUCUGACGGCUACAUAUCAAAAGAAGAAGCCAGAGAGAACUUAUGGAGAGCUCAAUCCUUACGCCGCUGAUGCAUAUCGAACCCUUCAGCCAUUCACCACCAUUACACAAAGCUUCCUUAAAGUCCAACCACUUGACCGCUCCCUGUCUUGUGAGAAGAUGCAUGAGAUUGAGAUUGACUAUAUCAUAAGAAGAAGCGAAGUGCUAUCUCAAGAAGACAGUCUAGAGAUCCAUUAUAUGGUUAUGGCCAAGGGAAACCUUCAAUUGCAUGGAAAAAUUGAGGUCCACAAUGAUAAAAUAUCGGUGAUGAUGGGCACCGCCAUACUUCCACUUAAUGUCACUGCUGAAAUUUCUCCAUUGGCAAGCAUCUUCGCUUAUGCUAUUCUCAGCAAUGGCAAAAUAGCAGCUGACUCCGAAAGGUUUCCUGUUGAGAAGUGCUUCAAUAACAAGGUUACUGUGGACUUUUCAAAAGAAGAAGCGUCCCCGGGGUCAGCUGUCACGUUACAUGUAAAUGCAGAGCCUGGAUCUCUGUGUUCAGUAAGAGCAGUGGAUGAAGGUGUUCUGUUCCUAAGACCAGAAGCAGAUAUCUCCUGUGAUACAGUUUACAGUUUUGUUUCAAGAAGAAAUCAAUAUGGGUACCCAUAUCGUGUCCAGGAAGAAGAACCCAUAUGCUGGAGGCCACAGGCAAGCUAUAAAUACAGUUUCUUUAAGCGCAGAAAACGAUCCUAUAACUUGCAAGCUCCAUCCUCUCCUGAUGUGUUUACGUUACUCAAGCAACUCGGAUUAAAAGUCAUCACAAAUACCCAGGUGAAAAAGCCAGCAGAGUGUAUGGAGCUUCCACCAGUUGCAGCAUUAAAUAGUUUUGGUUAUGGAAAGCCUAUCUAUGUUGGUGAGAACUUUCAUUUCCCAAGCACGGUCAUUGUGGAUGACUAUGAUGACUCCUUGUUUCAUGAAUCUCUUACUAUUGAUGAGCUCACAAAUAAAAUUCGUACAAUGUUUCCUGAGACCUGGAUCUGGGAAUUGGUAACAGUAGGCUCUUCUGGACAGACAGAUCUAUAUGUGCAGUUACCCGAUACCAUCACUGAGUGGAAAACCACAGCAUUCUGUAUGGGUGACACAGGUCUGGGCAUAGCACCCACAACCUCUGUACGAGCAUUCCAGCCCUUUUUUGCUGAUAUGACACUUCCAUAUUCUGUCAUCAAAGGAGAGACAUUCCCCAUUUCAGCUACUGUCUUCAACUACCUGUCCAGACCAAUGAUGGUGAAACUCUAUGUGAUGGAAUCUCAAGAUCUGCAGAUGUAUGCCUGUUCUAAAUGCAACAUCCCUCAAUGUCUCUUACCGCAAAAGACUAUAGCGUUCACUUGGGAUGCUAAAGCUCUGCACAUAGGUUCUGCACAAAUUCAGCUGAAAACGGAAGCCAUUGAGACACAAGAGUUAUGUGAAGGAGAGAGACCAAUUGUACCAUACAGUGGAGCUUCAGACAGCCUAAUAAAGACUUUGAUUGUGAAGGCGGAGGGUGUGCCAGUGGAGAUGUCCCAUAAUUCCAUUCUCUGUGGUGGAGCAAACCUUUCCAGUGAGACCAUUUCCAUUAAGUUACCGCCCGGAGUGGUGCCAGACUCUGCAGUUGCCAUUUUUUCUGUUGUGGGCGAUCUAAUGGGGUCUGCACUUGAAGGUAUUGAGCAACUGCUUCAGCGCCCCAGUGGCUGCGGAGAGCAAAAUAUGGUCAGGUUUGUUCCUAAUAUCUACCUCUUGGACUACCUGGCCAGUGUAAACCUGCUCUCGGAAGAGGUUAGAAAAGAAGGAAUCGGUUACAUUUUACAUGGGUAUCAGAGGGAACUAAAGUACUGCAGGGAUGAUGGAUCUUUUAGCACAUUUGGGGACAAUGAUGAAGACGGUAACACCUGGUUGUCAGCCUUUGUUAUGAAGGCUUUGGAUGCAGCUUCACAUUAUAUAUAUGUGGACCCAAAAUAUAUUCAGGACAUUGCUGCAUGGCUUAGAAAAAAUCAAUUACCCAGUGGCUGCUUCCAAAACAGGGGAAAACUCUUCAAGGCCUCGUUGAAGGGAGGUGUUAAUGAUGAUGUUUCUUUAAGUGCAUAUGUCACUGUGUCUCUCCUUGAGGCUAAGCAUCCUCUGGAGGAUGAAAUGGUACAAUGUGCCCUUAAAUGUCUGCGUGAUAGUGUCUCCAAAGUUGACAGCCUCUAUACAAAGGCUAUCCUCGCCUAUGCCUUCACAUUAUCCAGAGACUAUGAACUAAGGGAUUCCCUCUUGUAUGAACUUCAUGACAAGGCUGUAAAUGCAGAUGGAGAUACCUACUGGCCAGCAAACCCAUACACUCCUGCCAAGGACCUUUUGUGGUCUCGACCCAAUUCAAAUGAGGUGGAGUUGGCUUCAUAUGUAGUUCUGGCUCAUCUUUCUUUGGAUAAUCCAACAAAGACAGACAUCAAUGAGGCUUCUAGCACUGCUCAGUGGAUAGGAAAACAACAGAACCCAUAUGGAGGAUUUGCAAGCACUCAGGAUACGGUGGUAGGGCUCCAGGCUCUUUCUCUGUUUUCCAAGAUGACAUAUAGUAAGCAUGGUGGAUUAGAGAUUAUGUUCAUUCCGGAUGGAGAGAAUACUGUGCACUUUCAUGUGGAUGAACAAACUCGGUUCCUACUGCAGAAGAAACAACUUCAAAGGCUGCCUGGAGAUUAUAAAGUGCAGGUCAAGGGUGAAGGAUGUGUCUUCUUAAAGACAUCACUAAAGUACAACACAUACCCUAAUAAAGUCAGUCCAUUCUUUCAAAUCCAUUUGAACUUAAAUUUGGGGACCAACAUGAAGAAAUCUGCAUUUACUUUAAACUAUACUAUUUCUGUGCGGUAUAUAGGAUCACGCCGUGAAACAAACAUGGUCCUCAUAGAGACAGAGCUACCCUCCGGCUUCACAGCAAACUUAGAAUCUUUGGAAAAGUUGAAGACAAACAAGUUAGUGAAAAGAACUGAAACAGCAGACGAGAAAAUUAUUCUUUAUAUUGAGGAGUUGCGCAAAAAAGUGGAGACCUACGUGUUUUCAGCUGAACAGAAAUUUAUAGUAAAGGAUCUGAAGCCGUGCUCCAUAAAGGUGUAUGACUACUAUGAGACAGGAGAAGAAAGCUAUAUAAUAUACGAUGCCUCCAAAUUAUAAGGUGGAAACCAAGAAGACUAGUUUUUGUUCCAUACAUAUAUAUAUAUAAGAUUUGGUGUAAAGAAGAAAACAAGGAAAGCAGAGGACUCUGAGACCCUAUACUAUACAGUAUAUACAACAUAAUGUGCAUACUGUAACUAAGAUAUUUUGGCAUCCAUUAUUAAACAUUCUUGUGUAAAAAUGGAUCAUUUAUCCAAUAAGGAAGCUGUGAUGUGAUGUGUGAUAUGUGUUAUGUUCUUUCUUAGGCACAUGUUCACAUGUAGUAUUUUGGCCAGUGUUUUUAGAUUCAAGUCAGAUUGCUACUGUGAUGUCCCAGUACGGGAUAUGCAUCUCACAGUCCUAUCAGCUUGAGUCCCUGCACAUCCCCAGGGCUCACCUGCAGUGUACCCCCAUAAUGUAAUUAGUUGUAUAUUCUGUGUGAAGGACCUUUGAUAUGGUCACAUGGUUAAUGAUCACAUGAUAAUAGUUGUCACAUGUUAAAGUCACAAGUUUGGUUACCCAGAGAGCACCAGGUGACCAGGUGACCCACAGUUGGCCUAUGGGCUCCUUGCUCAGCCCCCCUUUAUAAGAGGGGGAGGUAUUACAAUCUCUCUCUUGUGAUUCAUUCUCUGCUGAGGUCAAGUCCAGUCCAGACGUCUCAGAGCCAGUGUCCAGCACAUCUGGAGGCCUCAAGCCUAACCUACAGUCAC